GCUCCAGGUGUUAACGUGCAGUGUAAGAGUGAAAACAUGACCAUCAUCAUUCCCAAGUCACUCCUCCUUGGUAUUGACCGUGAACACCUUCGACUCCUGGACACUAGUUGUAAAGCUGCAGAGAAUAACACCCACUUUUCACUCACAACACCGCUGACUGGCUGUAACACAACAAGCAGGCACACACCCACAGCUAUUGUGUACUCCAACACAGUCUUAGACAUGCCAGCGGCUGUUAAAAAUGUGGUGACACGUGUUCGUAAAUUAGAAAUACAAUUCAGCUGUUUUUACAGCAAACAUGGCGUGGUAUCAUCAGUUGUUUGGAAAGCAAGUAACAGAAAGCUUGUGUUUAGCAAUGAAGGAGAAGGGAAUCUGACACUCUCACUUGACAUGUUUCCUAACAAAACAUUCGUGAGUCCUUACACGAAGAGGGACUUCCCUGUGGCAGUGAUACUUCGCAAGCCCCUCUUCUUUGAAGUGUCUGUCAUAACAGAUGACAAGCAGCUGUCAAUCAGAGCAGAUCGCUGUUAUGCCACACCCACUCAGGAUCGUAUGAACCCUCUGAAGUAUGAGUUCAUUAAACAAGGGUACGAUAAAAAAAAUACAUUUUAGUACAAUGACAAUUUUUAAAAUCUCCGUAAAACAAAAACAUGCACUCAGUUCAUUAAGAAACGAUACCCGCAAACAGGGGGACUGGAACCGAAAAAUGUCCUAAAAUUGUUUCUGGGAUCGUUAGUGGGGACGCACAUGUCAGCUGUUGGCCAUUUUUGCCCUGUACCUAGUAAAAGUUCCAGAAGUCUUUGCGAAACUUAUUUGGCCCAUUUUCCUUCCGGUUUUCAAAGUAGCGAAUUGUUGUCGAAGAAACGCAAUGUCAUCUUCGCGUUUUUUAAGGGGAGGGGUUAGUGGGGUUUGGUGAUUUCUGCGAGUUUUUAAACUGACCCAGCGGCGUAAAAUUCAUUAUGUAGUCGGCCGCUAAUGUAUGGCAUGCACUUAAUUUAAAUGAUUAAAACAGGAACCCAUAAAGCAAUUAAGUAAACCGAUAUAGACACAGCAUGCAUCUUCAUUUCUUUUUAUUUGUACUUAAUUUUUAACUCAGGUAUAAAGGUAGUACUACCUUUGUUUGAUUUCAUUUCUCUUAGAUGCCCAAGUGAUACAACCUUACAGUACUAUUCUGCGCCCUUAGCUGGUGUUCAGCGGUUUAGCCUGGAAGCCUUCAAGUUUAUUGCAGAUCAUCCAUUUGUUUUUCUUCAUUGUCACGUGAUCCUUUGCAAUGCCUCUGACCCAGGCUCCAUAUGCAAUAAAAGCUGUUCAGCAAAAGGCGACAGACGAAGACGUGAAGUUAGUCCCCAAGAAAAUGACAUCUACACUUUGGGCGAAGGCCCAAUCUACCUGGCGCGCGGAAAAGAAGAGGAAAUACAAUCUAGUGGUCUGGGUAUGAGGGGUAUG